CAGACUGGGAGGAAAAGUGCUCCCGAAUCCUGCCCGCUGCUCCCGGGAUCGCUCCCGGUGCCGCGCGGGGCGGGGCCGCUUUGGAACCCCCCCAGGGCACAGCGCGGCUGCUUUUGGGUGUCGGCACCGCCCGGGCCGGGCUGAGAGCGGAGGAGGAGCGGGAGGAAGAGGAGGGACAGAGGAGGAGGAAGAGGAAAGGCAGGAGCGGCAGGAAGAGGCGGAGCGGGAUCGGGGGGACAAAGGAGGAGGAGGAAGACGAAAAGCGGGAGGAAGAUCCCCCCUGGGACCCGCAAGUGAGCGGGGAGGGGGAGCUCGCCCCGAAUCCAUCGCGGGGCUCUCCGGGAGGGUUUUUGUGCGGCCCAGGGCGUGUUCGGAUCUUGCAGGAGCCCGAAGCCGAGCCGGAGAUGGCCCUGGAGGGCUCCGGGCAGCAGCCGGAGGGAGAGGCCGCUGUGAGCGGCUCCGCGGCGCAGGAACGCAACGGGGAGGAAAAGCCGCGGAGAUGCCGCACGAGGAGGGGCUGCAAACGCAGAUCUCGGGGCUCCGAGCACGAAAGAUCCACCCCGGGCCGGGCAGGCGGCCGCAGCUCGGAGCUGGGGGUCCCUGAGCAGCCUCAGGAGGGGGAGAAGCCCCACAAGUGCUCGGAGUGUGGGAAGAGCUUCAGGUGGAGAUCUGAACUGAUCAUUCACCAGAGGAUCCACACCGGGGAAAAGCCCUACGAGUGUGGGGAGUGUGGGAAGAGCUUCAGGCGGAGCUGUGACCUGAUCAGACACCAGAGGAGCCACACUGGAGAGAGGCCCUACGAGUGUGACCAGUGCAAGAAGAGGUUUCCCACCAGCUCCCAGCUCCUCAUGCACCAGGUGAUUCACACGGAUGAGUGGCCCUUCCGCUGCCCCGACUGCGGGAAGGGCUUCAAGCAAAAGUCCCACCUAAUCAGCCACUGGCCCAUCCACACCGCGGAGAGGCCCUACGAGUGUGAGCAGUGCAAGAAGAGGUUUCCCACCACCUCCAAGCUCCUCCUGCACAAGCGCAGUCACACAGAUGAGAGGCCCUUCCGCUGCUCUGACUGCGGGAUGGGCUUCAAACAGAAAGCCCAACUCAUCAGCCACUGGCCCAUCCACACCAGGGAGAGGCCCCACGAGUGUGAGCAGUGUGGGAAGAGCUUCAGCCACAGGUCUGCCCUGAUGAAACAUCAGAGGAUCCACACGGGGGAACGGCCCUACGAGUGUGGGGAGUGUGGGAAGAGCUUCAGGCGGUGGUCUGACCUGAUCACACACCAGAUGAUCCACACUGGGGAAAGGCCCUACGAGUGUGACCAGUGCAAGAUGAGGUUUACCACCAGCUACAAACUCCUCCUGCACCAGCGGAUUCACACGGAUGAGAGGCCCUUCCGCUGCCCCGACUGCGGGAAGGGCUUCAGGCAGAACUUCCACCUCGUCAGACACCGGCGCAUCCACACCGGGGAGAGACCCCACGAGUGUGAGCAGUGUGGGAAGGGCUUCAACACGAGCUCCAAUCUGAUCAGACACCAGAAGAUCCACACGGGAGAGAGGCCCUACGAGUGUGACCAGUGCAAGAAGAGGUUUCAGACCAGCUCCCAGCUCCUCGUGCACCAGCGCAUUCACACAGAUGAGAGGCCCUUCCGCUGCCCCAACUGCGGGAUGGGCUUCCAGCAAAAGUCCACCCUUGUCAGGCACCAGCGCAUCCACUCCGGGGAGAGGCCCCACGAGUGUCCCCAGUGUGGGAAGAGAUUCAGACAUGGCUCUGCCCUGAUCCUCCACCACAGGAUCCACACCGGGGAGAAGCCCUACGAGUGUGGGGAGUGUGGGAAGAGCUUCACCAGGGGCUCAACCUUGACCCAACACCAACGGAGCCAGCACUGAGGGAAGCCCUGUGAGUGCCCCGAGUGCGGGAAGAGCUUCGUGCGCUGCUCCAGCUCCAUCCCCCAUGGGAGGAUCCCCCCUGGAUGAUCCCCAGUGAGCCCCGGUGGGCAGAGCCCCGGUGAUCCGCGGUGCCGGUGAUCCGUGUUGGGCACACACCUGGCUGGGGGACUCCACAUUGUCCUGGCUCCCCGUGGCCUGGAUUUCUUUUUCAUUUCUCUUUAUCUUUCCAAAAGCCUCAACAAUGGGGUAAAAAUAAAAAUUUUGAGCAAAGACCUGGAUGGGGACAUGGGGGAAUCUUCCAGGGGAUGGGUAAGGGGUGCUGGGUUCAAGGGACCUGAGGAUUCUUGGCAGGGACUUGGGGGUUUCUCAGGGCUUUGGGCUCCCCAGGCUGAGCAGCUCCAGCUGUGCUGGGAGAACCUGGUGGAAAUUCAGGGGCAGCUGAUCAACGACCCCCUGCCCUGGGACUGUCCCCCUGUUCCUGGUGUCCCCUUUCCAGCAUCUCCCUUUUCCCACUGUCACUCCUCUUGCCCCCUGCCUGUUCCUGUGUCACCCCAGUCAUGGUGCUCUUCUGCUCCCAUCCCAUUUUGGAUCCUAUUCCCACUCUGAUUCCCUGUCCCGUUGUCUCUAGAUUCCCUUCCCAUAUUCCCAGUCCCAUAUUUCCUGUCCUGUUCUCGUUUUUGUAAUGUUGAUCCCUUGGCUGGUCCCCCAUUUCCAUAUUCCCUCUCCUAUUCCCAUAUUCCCAGUCCUAAUCCUGUAUUCCCAUUUUCCAUCCCGGACCCACCUUCCUAAUCCCCAUCCCAUAUUCUCUCUCCAGUUAUUGUUUCCAUCUUCUCUCUCCUGUUUCCAUAUUCCCAUUGCCCAUCCCAUUCCAGGUCCCCUAUCCCUGCAGUACCGUAUUCCCGGGAACACUCCCGUAUUCCUGCUCCCAUUCCUGCUCCCUGUCCCCAUUCCUGGUGCCAUUGCUGGUCCCACUCCUGUCUUACCCGUCCCUGUCCCAGUCCGGUACUCCAAGGCCAAAUCGUGGUCCCUGUCCCCAUUCUGUGACUCCUUCCAAGGCCCUGUCUCGUAUUUCCGCUCCUGUGUUCCCUGUCCCUGUUCCCAGGCCAUGGCCCCAAUCCCAUUCCUGUCCAGUUCUCAGUCCCAGUCCCAGUUCUCAGAAUCAUUCCCAGUCCCGGUCUUGUAUUUCCAGUCCCACUGCUGGUCCUUGACCAUAUUCCCAAUCCCUGUCCCCAUUACGGAUCCCUGACCCCAUUCCCGGUCCGUGUCCUGUAUUCCCAGUCCCGUUCCCGCUUCCCUUCCAAGUCGUUUCCUGUAU